AUGCAUCACCAUGAGGUCCUGAAGGUCUGGUUUGGUAUUCCCUACAGGCUACAGGUUUUUUACUGUAUAGCUGGAGAGUUCCUUGCACUUUUCUUUGCUUUUGCCUCUUUCUUCGAGGUUUUAUCGGGCAUAUUGUUUACUGAUUUUAUCAUGGAUUCAAUUCAAAAUAAAGUUUAUUACUGUUGUGUUUCUAAGGGUAACAACAUCCUCUAUGUGUAUAGUGGUGGAGACCAAGAAGUUGAGAAUGUUGCAGCCUUGUGCUUGGAGAGUGCUCCUCCUUUCCACAGGUGGUAUUUUGAGACAGUAGGUAAAAGGACUUAUGGGUUUUAUAUGGAAGAUGGGUAUGUUUACUUCACAAUUGUUGAUAAAGGUCUUGGUAACUUGUUAGUUCUUCGGUUUCUAGAGCAUGUUAGAGAUGAAUUUAAAAAGCUGGCUAGAAAAGGUUCAAGAGGAAUUUUGCCAAACAUGAAUGCAAUUCACAUUCAGGAAAAAUUGGUUCCUGUCAUUCGCAGUCUGAUCACUUCAUUGGAGAGUGUUUCACAUGGUAGUAAUAAUUGGAGAGAUGACGCGUCCAUGUCUUUUCAAGUGGAUCUUUCUCCAUCACCAAGUAAUUUGAAUGGACAAAUCGAAGUUGCUAGUUCAACCAAAGCCCCGUUAUUGGGAAAAUCUAACAAGCCAGACAAGAAGAAAGUAAAGGAUCAUGUGAUUACCAUGAGAGAUGUCGAGUUGGAGGAGCAUCGGAAAUCUACAGAUAGAGGAGCAAGGGCUGAUUCAAGCAAUCUGGAUAGUGUAAGCCAAGGUGGUGCCGGUUCAUCAGUCUCUUUGCAAAAGGAUAUGGGUUCAAUGAGAAUGAGUUCAGCCCCUCAAAAUAUUCGUAAGAAAUGGUGGCGCCAAGUACGAAUUGUUCUAGCUAUUGAUGCAGCUGUGUGUAUAAUAUUAUUUGUCAUUUGGUUAGUAAUAUGCCAUGGUAUAUCCUGUGUUCGAUAG